AUGAGCGAAUUAGGUGACAAUCUUGUGAUGGCUUUGCCUGUUGCACAGAAGGAAGAAAUUGAGAACAAAGCAACCCCCGACAACGUGAUGGAAUCUGUCGGGGAUGAGAAAGUGGACCAUAAACAAGAGGUGGAUGGUGCUGGUGACAUAUCAGAACAAGAAGGAGCCUCGGUAAUCACAGGGGAAUGGGAGGGAGUUAGUGAACAUGAACAGAGGAUAAUGGACUAUGAGCAACAGAAUGACCCUCACGAGCAGCCGAAGUGUGAACUGGACAAUAAUCGAGGGGUCGAGCAAGCGGCAGGAGAUGAAGUGAUCUCUGCACAAGCUGUCGGUGACGCCAAAGCGGUACAUACCGGGACGAGUACUGGGGUGCACAAUGUGGGCCCAAGCGAAGCGACAGGAAGUGUUAAGGACGAAUACUCUCAUUAUAUUGUGGCCGAACUAGAAGCGCUAGCGUUGAAAGAG